AUGGAGACCAAGAAGAUUGCUGGCUUUGAUGUUGAGUUUCUGCCUUCGCGUCGCCGAUUCGAAAAUCUUUGGGUCGACUUCGAGCCAAACAAACGAGUGGUGCUGCCGAAGGGCUGGCGUAGGGAGGGACGCCUCCCGUUGCGAGAGUCCAUCAUCUGGACCAGAGAUGUUCCUGUAAAGAUGCGGGACGGAAUCACGCUCUAUGUCGAUGUUUUGAGACCAGCAAAUCGAGAGAAUGAAAAGCUCCCCACCCUGAUUCCCUGGAGCCCAUACGGCAAAUCCGGCACGGGGUUCUUCCAGACCAAAGAUUACCUCUAUGUUGGUGUUCCUAUGAGCCAUACGAGCGGACUGGAAAAAUUCGAAGGCCCUGAUCCUGCUGAUUGGUGUGCUCGAGGAUACGUAAUGGUUCAGCCAGAUGCACGAGGCACUUUCAACUCGGAAGGAGAUGUCUAUCACUAUGGCUCGCAGGAGGCUCAGGACGGCUACGACACCAUCGAGUGGGCUGCACAACAGUCAUGGAGCAAUGGUAACAUUGGACUCGUAGGAAACUCUCACCUCGGCACAAUGCAGUGGUUCAUUGCCGCUGAGAGGCCACCUCAUUUGAAGGCUAUUGCACCCUGGGAGGGAGUCGGUGACUUCUAUCGCCAAUCGCUCUGUCGUGGAGGGAUUCCGAAUACAGCAUUCUGGCGAGCUCUUUCAGGGUCGAUGCAGGGUAACAACCUACGGGAAGACUUUGCUACCAUGAUCGAGAAGCAUCCCCAUUAUAACCAAUAUUGGGCUGACAAAACGCCAAAAAUCAAAAAUAUCGAGAUCCCCAUGCUACGGAUUCAUCCGACCCAAGAGUGGCAUGAUUUAUAUCAACCUGAAAGCAAUGACGACCUUCAACGAUUCAUGGACCACUACUUAGCUGGCAAGGAUAACGGAUGGGAGUUUACGCCUAAAGUUCGAGUGUCAUUGUUGCGUUUCAAUCGCCCAGCAAUCGCCCAUCGCGUUGAAGACAACUAUCCGCCAUCUCGGACCACGUAUCGUACGCUUUAUCUUGAUUCCAAAGCUGGGUCAUUGGUUCCUGAAGUUCCGAUGCAGGACGCGACAGUAUCCUAUGCUUCAGAUGACUGGGAGGACGAUGGAGCGCAUUUCACCUACAAGUUUGACAAAUAUACUGAGCUUGUCGGUCCUUCGAAAGCCACACUUUACAUGUCGACAAAGGCGUCUGAUGACAUGGACGUUUUUGUCAUCAUCCGGAAGCUUGAUAUGGAGGGCCGGCCCUUGAUCUCGCUCAACAUUCCUCUGAAAAAUCAACCACACGGCACAAGAGAAGAAGAUAUCGAUGACAUGAACCUGUACAAACACAACGGUCCAAGUGGACGACUGCGCGCGUCGAAACGCGCGCUAGAUCAGGAUCCCGACUUGUCCGAAGCGCAGCGACGAAGCCAGACACCCACGGAGCUGUGGUAUCCCUACACCAAGGAGGAGAAGGUCCCUCCGGGGCAGGUUGUCGAACUGCAGAUCGCGAUAUGGCCGAGUGGAAUCGCGUUUGAGGCAGGGGAGUCCCUUCGCUUCGAAGUCAAAGGCCACGACCAUCCUUUGCACGAGUUUGUCGGGAUUCACAAGCAACUUACAACUCUCAACACUGGAGAGCAUACGAUUCACACAGGUGGAAGUCAUGCAUCACAUGUAUUAUUGCCUUUUCUCACAUGA